UUUUCUUCUACGGUAAUUUUCUCACGUUAUUGCUAUUUGGGGAAUUUUCGUCUCAGUUUUUAACAGUUUUGGAUUGUGAUCAGCAUUUUUCUAUAAAUAAUUGUGUAUAUUUAAACCCUAGAUUUAAAUCAGUUUAACGUGAUUCUGAAUAUUACAGUAAUUGUAAAUUUGCAAAUAAAUUAAAGCCAUUGGAGGCUGAACUUGUCAACAGAGGCUAAGCUAGGGUUUUCUUUCCCUUUCAAGUUCCUUAAUGUUUGUUUGUUUGUUUGCAUUCUUGUUUUUUUUGGACAUUGCAAUUGGGAGGUUUGAAGGUUUUUUGAGAGUAUACAUGGCUCGUUAACUUCAAUUUGGAAUGAAUUUCGAAUUUCCCUUAUUAGAUAGUUAUCAAUGUAAGAUUACAAAUGUGAAUAAACAAGUGGCGGUUGAAUAUCUGUAUGCCAAGUAGAUUGAUCAACUAAGCUGAUUGCUGUAUCAUAUAUUGGCUGUUAAUGAAUAAGUGGAUUUAGGUGAUUUUCUUGAAUACAGGUUCCAAAUGAGUGAGUGGGUCUAAAUCUUAUUUAUUUGUUCUUUUCUCAUUUUCUUUGAUUUAUUGGUAACUGUAAUUACGUGAUAUCCAAAACGAGAUACAAUGGUCGUGAAAGCAUUUGAUAUGUCGGUUUGGCCCUAAAAAAAGAGCGCCCGAGUGUCUUUACUAAAUUUUUUUGAAAAGAGAUGUAAUGGUCUAUUGGAUGGAUGCGUGAUGCAAAUCGGAAGCUACUGUUUUUGGGUAUCUUUAUUGUCUAUCAUGAGUGAGGUUGGAGGAUGGAGCUUAUUUGUUUUUUUCUUUGGUCGAUGGAGCUUUUUCCUUUAUUAAUAGGUUUUUUUAUUUUGUGGGGGAAGGAAGAAGAGGAAGCUGUCCAUUGACUUGUGGUCAUCAUACCCAUCAAACUCCAUAAGCUAAUCUCUAAGAUGAGAUUGUAGCUGUAUGACUUGUGGUUAAGAAAAACAUAUCGUAUAAGGGGGCAAAAGAACAUCUAAUCAAGCAAUUGCAAAUGGCUGAAGCUAUUAGCUCUGAUUUGGAAUCCAACCCAAAACCUCAAGACACAUUGCAAAUGGCUGAAUCUACUGUCUCUGAUUUGAAAUCCAACUCAAUACCUCAUGUUAUAUACCGAUGCAAGAAAUGUAGGAGAAUUGUUGCUGCAGAGGAGAACAUAGUUUCCCAUGAGCGUGGGAAGGGAGAAACAUCCUUCAAGUGGAAAAAGAGAAGCGGUGAAGAACCAGCUGACUGUACCUCCAUUUUUGUAGAACCAAUGAAGUGGAUGGAAGCAGUUCAAGAAGGUCACGUGGAGGAAAAACUUCAAUGCAUGGGAUGCAAAGCGCGAUUGGGUUACUUCAAUUGGGCUGGCAUGCAGUGCAACUGUGGAGCUUGGAUUAAUCCUGCAUUUCAGUUGCACAAGAGCCGAUUAGAUGAGUGCCAUAGAUGAGAAUGGCAGGGUAUUUUCUCUCUUUUGUUUUUUGGGCAUAAUAGGGUGAAGUUAAUUCAAAAGUUCAGUAAUCACACUGGUGAGGAAAGUUUUGGGGGUUUAUUUUUGUAUUUAGAUGCAUAUAGUUUAUUUAUACAAUUAUGUCUGGUGCAUUAAUGGAUUUAUGAAGUGAACGGUGCUUUAAUGA